AUGUGGUUGCAGAUUCUUUUCCUCUCUCUGGUCUUCACCCAUUCGUCUUGCUUCGAUUAUGGACUCGAUCCGGAUCACGACUAUCACAGACAUCCGAGAGAAUAUGACGAUCACGCAGUUUUGUGUCAGCUAAAUGGCACGUUUGUCGGCCUUUCUCUCAACGGAACCCUCAUUCAUUGUCGAUCCCCUCCCAUGACAUGUACUAUGGAAUCUUAUGAAUUGUUCAGCUUCGACCGGCAGAACGUCAUAUGUCGCGAACCGAGGGACAAUCUGUUCUAUGAUAUCCGGAAAGAAUGCACCCAAGAGUACUCCUACAUCCGCCCCGAUUAUUGCAGUAGAGAUAACUAUCAUUGUACAACCAUACUAUUCUUCUGCUACUCGAAAAUUAAUUUCAAACCGAUCUUCUACUUCUCUUUGGUGAUUGGAUUCCUGACAGUUGGCUAUCUCGUUCAAAUCGUCUUUUGCAUUCUGAAAACUUGUCACCACACUCAAUCGAUCGAUAUCACCCAAAGUGGGUCACCAGUGAAACCCUCUGGCCCACACUAUCGGAAGAAGCGAAACGAGGACACGACUCCACUUCGCAAUCGUUUUGUCUCGAUGUCCGAAACAUCUGUCUAA